AUGUGGCAUAUUGAUGACUGUUUAAUGUUUAUUACUCUGUGGACUCCUGAAGCAACUUUGGCUAUCCCUGAGAUCAAAACUAUUCCUAUAUGGGUGACUUUAAAGAAGAUACCUAACAUUCUUUACUCAAUUCCAGAAAUUAGUCACAUAGGUUUUGGAUUGGGAGCUCCAAUGGCGACUCACAAACCUCGUUUGGAUCCCAUUCACAUGGGAGAAGCAAAAAUUCUAGUUGAAGUUGAAGUUGAGUUGAAUAAAGUUUUCCCGGCGAGGAUCGUUGCAACUGAUACAACAGGUUUUCUUUCUAUGGUGGAUGUAGAAUAUGCGUGGUUACCCACUAAUUGUAGUAGAUGCGGACAGUUAGGACACAAAGUGAAGCGUUGUCUGCAAUCUGACAAUGGUGAGGUGAAGAAUGGCUUUGAAAAAGAGUCUAUUGCUCCUAUUUCUGAUCAGUCUCUUGCAAAACAAUCACUAGCUCUAGUACAUGUCACUGCUUCUAACAUUGAGGAUGUCCAUACCCCAUCAGCUUCAGUUGCUAACAAUUCUGAUCCUAUUGAGUCUUCUACUCCUUCAGGCAUGGAGGUAUCUCUUUCUAACACUCUCCUCGCUGAUCCAGUUAAUCCAAACGAGGAUUAUCUUCAUUCACUCGCGACAAUCUCGAUACUUGAGAACAUGCGUAUGUCUCCAACAGUUAUUUGCACCAAUGACCCUAUGGAGUCUUCGAUCUUGGAGUCUGCUCAAAAGUUAUCAUCAGUCACCACUCCUAUUGCUAACACAAUUUCUACGGUCCAAAGGGAUGGUAGUAGAACAGCUGAGCCUGACUUUGGCUCUAACAAAUUUGCUUUAUUGUUCAGUGCGGAGGAAGAAGAAGAUUCAUCAGAUUUGGAAGAAGAUCCGGAUUCGAUGGAUCUCAUGACACCUCCAGGCAAAAGAAUCCUUUGAGAAAGGCCAGUUAAACCCUCAACAAGUCGCGGACGGGGAAACAGAGGACGUGGGAACCGUGGUGGACGUGUUUAGAGUUGUUCUGCUGCGAACUCAGUAUCAAUUAGAGCUUGAUCUGAUUGUUUCUGGUUCAUAUCAUGUUUCCUUUAUUUUGUAAAAGCUUUUUAAAAACUGUACG